GAUGCCGCAGGGCCCUGGCUCGCUGCUGCUGCUCGUCCUCGCCUCGCACUGCUGCUUGGGCUCGGCGCGCGGGCUCUUCUUUGGCCAGCCCGACUUCUCGUACAAGCGCAGCAACUGCAAGCCCAUCCCGGCCAACCUGCAGCUGUGCCACGGCAUAGAGUACCAGAACAUGCGGCUGCCCAACCUGCUGGGCCACGAGACCAUGAAGGAGGUGCUGGAGCAGGCGGGCGCCUGGAUCCCGCUGGUCAUGAAGCAGUGCCACCCGGACACCAAGAAGUUCCUGUGCUCGCUCUUCGCCCCUGUCUGCCUCGAUGACCUGGACGAAACCAUCCAGCCGUGCCACUCUCUCUGCGUGCAGGUGAAGGACCGCUGCGCUCCAGUCAUGUCCGCCUUCGGCUUCCCCUGGCCGGACAUGCUCGAGUGCGACCGUUUCCCCCAGGACAACGACCUCUGCAUACCUCUCGCUAGCAGCGACCACCUUCUGCCGGCCACCGAGGAAGCUCCAAAGGUAUGUGAAGCCUGCAAAAAUAAAAAUGAGGAUGACAACGACAUAAUGGAAACUCUUUGUAAAAAUGAUUUCGCACUGAAAAUAAAAGUGAAGGAGAUAACCUACAUCAACAGAGAUACCAAAAUCAUCCUGGAGACCAAGAGCAAGACCAUUUACAAGCUGAAUGGUGUGUCUGAAAGGGACCUGAAGAAAUCAGUGCUGUGGCUCAAAGACAGCUUGCAGUGCACCUGCGAAGAGAUGAAUGACAUCAAUGCGCCCUAUCUGGUCAUGGGACAGAAACUGGGUGGGGAGCUGGUGAUCACCUCCGUGAAGCGGUGGCAGAAGGGGCAGAGAGAGUUCAAGCGCAUCUCCCGCAGCAUCCGCAAGCUGCAGUGCUAGUCGGCCCCCCAGGCCAGCUCCAGGGCCAGGCGGACCAUUUCCGCUCUGGGUCCUCAGCUCUCAUUUCCCAAGCACAGGCCUUGCGGCUCCAGCCGCCAGCCUGGGGCAGCUUCCCUUGCCUUUUGCACGUCUGCACCCCCAGCAUCUCCUGACUUAUAGGGCCUUAGGAGGCCUCAGGCACGAAUAGCUGUUUUCAUAUACAGGAAAAACCCACCCAGAUCUUGUAGAAAUGUUCAAACUAAUAAAAUCAUGAAUAUUUUUAUGAAGUUUUUAAAAUAGCUCACUUUAGUUUUGAAUAGGUACAACUGUGACUUGGGUCUGAUUGUUUUGUUUUUUUCUGUUUGGUUUGGGUCAACUGACUUUCACUUUCAGCUGAGGUUGCUGUAACGUGCAAAUGGCUUCAUUUUCCUACCUGGCCCAAACUUUUGUGGGUCACAAACCUCGUUGAGAUAAAGCUGGCUGUUAUCUCGACAUCUCUCCACUCCAGCCUGAGACUCAGAGCCUAAGUCUUAUAAUAAUUCACCUGUUAUUUUACACCCUCCUUGGGGACUUACCACAGUAGCAUGUACUGCAUUUCUGGGUAGAGUACUUCCAUUUAUCAAAAGCACAUUAACCAUCAUAGCAUGAGUUCUUCGAAUAAAGGGCAAAAGAGAUUCUAUAAUUGACCUGAGUACUUUAAGCUUUGUUUAAAACAUUUUUUUACUUAAUUUUGCAAAUUAAACCAUUGUAGCUUACCUGUAAUAUACAUAGUAGUUGACCUUUAAAAGUUGUAAAAAUAUUGCUUUAACCAACACUGUAAAUAUUUCAGAUAAACAUUAUAUUCUUGUAUAUAAACUUUACAUCCUGUUUUACCUAC